CAUCUCUCGGAGUUCUGGACUGAGCUGAUUGCCGGCAGAAUUCAACACAAUGAAACUUGUCCCAAUCUGCCUCAUGUACCUGCUGCUGACCUGCCUGGCCCUGCCGAAGGCUGAAUGCCGGCUCCAUGACCACUCAGUGGAGAUCAGGAAUCCUGACAUUGACCCUUCCUGGUACACGGGCCGAGGAAUCAGACCUGUGGGCCGCUUUGGCCGAAGGAGGGCCACCUCGGAGGGCUAUCAGAGGUCUGCCUAUGGACGGCAUCACCCUUGCUUCCCCACGGAGGAAAGUAAUGAGUCUGCCCAAGACGACUAAGACGCUUCUGCUGAGAAUAAGCCCGGAUGCCUUCUCUCCCUCUCCCUUCUCUUCCACUUGCUAGUUUCUUUCUCACCAAAUAAAAA